GUCGUUACUAGGCAGCAGUAGCGGUAACCCAAUAAGCUCUUCGCGUUGUGAAGAAAAUCAUUUGUUUUGAAAAGCGUCCAAGGGCGUAAGCGAUAAAAUUACAGGAAUAACUUACACUAAAGUGCCGCUUUGUGUGGCAGACACGACCACAGCAACAAUGGCCAUUGUCGGGCGACUCACUGCUUUGUAAUUAUGGAGUUUAUCCGCCACAUUGGCCACAUUACCAGAGAAAUAUCCUCGCUACAGGAAAGGAUAUGAUAGAGCCUAAAACAGAGAAGAGGAUUCAGGGUUAAAAACUGAGCCCCUUUGUGAGAACCACUCAUCAUUUUUACCAUGGCCUCCCCCGGUGAUAUCCGAGAAAAACUGAGGAAGAAAAGGCGAGCUUUGCAAGGCUCCUUGGUGAAAAACAAAAAUGAGAGCGACACUCAGGCUCUGGUUCCAUCUACCAAGUUGAGAAAAGAAAGAGGACAGACUAUGAUGGAGGAGCUGACAGCAGAUGAAGAAGACCUUGGAGAGACACUGAAACAAAGGUUUAGGGCCCAGAGACAGAGGCGGAAGAAAAUGCUGUUGGAACAGUCCUUAGCCCAGGAGUCCAAUGAGAGCAAUGUGGACGAGAUCUCCACCACUGAGCGCCACAGUCGACGUCAGAGAUCACCAGAGAAGCCAGCGGAUCCGGUGGUGUUGUCUAGACCCCCGAGUGGUUCUCAGAGAGGCCUCUCCCCGUUGUUGUUGUCACCCAGUUCCAGCUAUUCAGAGAGACCUCAGCUGUCCCCCAGCCAUAGCCUCACUGAGGGACAUCAGCACAUGCCCAGCUCUGUCCGUUCAGAACACUUGAUGAGGCAGCGCAUGAAAGAGAAGCUGAGAGCAGCCAGAUUUAAAGCUGAGAGUCUUCUGCAGCAGGAACCCUCUCUCGAGCCUGCCAGUCGUCUGCAGAGCCUCCGCCACAGAGACAGAGACACUCUCACUAGGUUUGACAGAGAGGUUGAUCCAGACAGGGCAGAAAGAGACGAUGUUCCUCUCGCCAGGGUCAAGUUCCAAGACGUAGCAAAACGUGUUAAACAAGACAGCAGAAUGGCAGGAAAAGAAUUACCAACUGCUGAAGAGGCAUACAAUUUCUUUACAUUUAACUUUGACCCAGAGCCUCAGGAUGAGACAGACAAGGUUAAAAAGAGAAGACAAAAACAGACAGAAACAGCUCGGGAGGAUCGAGAUGAAGAAGGGCACAGCGAUGUGGAAGAGCAAGAAGACACAGAAGUAGAUAAAGAUAAUGAAGAUGAUCAUGAGGAUCGGAGUGAAGAGACACCUCUUGUGAGAGACGAAGAGGAGGAUUUAUUCAUCAUUGAGCAAUCAUCUCAGGACUUCAUAGAUGUGAGGAGAGCGGAUUAUAUUGGAUACCAAAAACGUAUUCAGCGAGAUAGUGAGCUCCUCUUUACCCCAAGUUUACGAACAGUUCCAACCUCCUGUAAGCUGCCUGAGAACAUGCAGCCCCGUUAUCUGGAAGAGGAGGGGCUGUACGUAGGGGAGAGACCCCCUGUAUCUGCAACCAAUGAGAACAUUCUGGAGAACCGGAUUUUGAAACAAGAGGAGGGAAAGAAAUGGUUUGGAGAUGAUGGCAGGAUCAUGGCUCUGCCUGACCCUAUAAAGGAAUCGUCCACAAGGCCUCCCCUGUUCCACAUGGAAGAAGACCUGGACCCUGCCCUGCAGACUGUGUACAGGAAGGCGCUGACAUCCAAGUAUGCCAGUCUCUAUAUAGCUGGUGGGGGAGACCCUGAGGGAGACUACCAGCUUGAUGUUGAUGUCUCGGGGCUGAUUUUCUCCCAUCAUCCACUCUUCAGCCGUGAACAUGUCCUGGGGGCCCGUCUAGCCCAGCUGUAUGACCAGUACCUCACCAGACAGCACAAUAACCUCACAGGACACCUCACCGACAAGCUGAAUGGGUUGAGGAACGCCUUGCGGAACAUGCUGGAGAUCCAUGGUGGGCAGGCCCUCACCCAGGUCAUGCAGCAGAGGAUAUCUGAAUACAGUCUGGAGGUUAGGAACACACGGCAGCUGCGGGACAGUGAGCAGGAGAAAGACAGGACCCUGCUGAAGAACAUUAUCAAAGUUUGGAAGGAGCUUAAAGCUCUUAGGGACUUUCAGCGGUUUACCAACACACCAUACAAGCUAUACCUCAGACGAGAGGAGGUGGAGCGGGCGGCAGAUGAGCGAGAAUACGAAUCUGAGAUCUUGGCAGAGGUUGUGGAGCUGGAGGCAGAGAGCGAGGAGAACUACCAGAAAAAACUGUCUGAGUACAAGAAACAGCUGGAGGAGUGGAAGGCCGGGAGGAGGAAACAGAAAGCCAAGAAGAAAAAGAAGAAGAAGAAGAAAAGCCAGUCUCAAGAUGAGACAGAUGAUGAUGACGAUCAGGAUGCGAGUGAGCCAGAUGUUGCAGAAGAGGCUCCAAAGCCGGAACCUCCAGAAAAACCUGACUUUGAGGCUAUAGAGGAGCAGGUCAGAGAGAAAGCCUCCAGGAUACGCAGGAAACCAGGAGAGUCGAUCCUGAUCCCUGACAUGUCUGCCUCUGGAAGCAUCACCGCCAAUGAACUGUGCCCCAGGGCUGAACUGGCUCGAAGAGAGGAUGUUGCAAGGCAUUCUCUUUUCAUCAAGGUCUUAUACAACGACAAAGAAGUUUCCCGAACAGACAGCCGCUCCCUGAACUCGGAUUUCAGAGUCCACUUUGGCCAGAUAUUCAAUCUAAAGAUAGUCAACUGCCCUGAGAGCAUCAAACUACAGGUGUUUGAGGAGGUAGGCUCAUCAUGUUCCCUCUUGGCAGAAGUGUUUGUGCCAGUGCCAGAGCCCUCAGUCGUGACAGGCAACGUCCCUACUGAGGAGUAUGAGUUCAGCAGCAACCAGAGGGUCAUGUUCGACCACGAGGGCGUUGGCAGUGAUGUCCCCUUCUCCUUUGAAGCUGAUGGCAGUAACAAACAGACCCUGCUGACCUCUGGGAAGUUGUCCUGCUGUGUGUCAUGGGGUAUAGGGGAGGACGAGGUACCACUCGCCCCUCCUAUGUCUCAACAUACUGGUGGCAUACACAGUGGCCUGAGACAGCUUGAUGCUGUCACAUGCAUUGGGGCGUCUGGACUCAGUGACAUGAAAAAAAUUGGGGAGUGGGCCAGAGAAUCACGAGUGGAUCCCAAUGACCCAAAAAAUGCCUCCAUCAUGCAGCUGCUAAAAGUGGCCAGUAGUGGAGAGGUGAUAGCUCCAGAGUACUUCCGUCUGGAGCAGCUGCAGGAGGAGUUUAACUUUGUGACUGACGAAGAACUGGACAGGUCCAAAAGAUUUCGUCUGCUGCGGCUGAGGAACCAGGAAGUUGCAGAGUUCCGAAAUUAUAAGAUGGUCCCUGCUUUGGAGAGGGAAGUCACUGACAAGGUGUUCCAGGAAUAUGAGAAGAGACUUAAGGAAGGAGAGAUAAUUGACACUAAAGAACAUCUGGAUUCACACAGAGCUUUAGUUGCAAAAUACCUUCAGAAAGUCCGAGAAUCGGUCAUCAACAGGUUCCUCGUUGCCAAGCAUCACUACCAUCUGUCCGACAUGGUAAUAGAAGAGGAGGUUCCAAGCAUUGGUGGUGCAGGUCCAGGGAUUCUGGGACUUAACCUCUUUAAACUAGCUGAACCGAAGCGGCCCUUGAAACCUCAGAGAAAAGAAAGGAAGAAGGUGACGGCUCAGAAUCUGUCUGAUGGAGACAUCAAACUGCUGAUCAACAUCAUCCGGGCCUAUGACAUUCCUGUUCGCAGGCCCCACACCAGCAAACCACUGGCCACAAAGCCAGCUCGUGCUUUCGUUGAGACGUUUGGUGCAGGUCAGGCGUUUCAGGGUGCCAUCCAUGGCACUGAUUGGCUCCUUGGCCAGGUUCAAGUGAGGCCUUUUGUGGAGGUUUCCUUUCAGCGUACUGUCCUCCAAACGACAACAGCUGAUGGCCCAAACGCCUGCUGGAACGAGGAGCUGCAGCUGCCAUUUAGUGCCCCAAAUGGUGACUACAGCACUGCUAGCCUGCAGUCAGUCAAAGAUGUGGUCUUCAUCAACAUUUUUGAUGAGGUGGUGUAUGAAACGGGAGUGGAUGACAAAGACAGGGGAAAAUCGAUACACACUCGGGUGGAGAAGCGCUGGUUGGGCUCUGUCAAGAUUCCUUUCAGCACCAUUUAUUCACAGGCCAAGAUUGAUGGCACAUUCAUGGUGGACACCCCUCCGGUGUUGCUGGGGUACACUAAAGAGAGGAACUUUGGGACUGAAUGUGUUUAUGAUACUGUGCGCAGCUUGAACGAGGGAGCGUUUAUCACACUGUUCAUCACUGUCGAGCCCCAGCUGGUACCUGGAGAGACUAUUAGGGAAAAAAUAAAGGAAGUGAAGUUUGACAGCCAAGAGGAUGAACGCUUACUGCAGGUGUCGGAGAGAUUUGAGAGGGAGGCAGCGCUGCAAUACCCAAACCGACCCUGCCUUACCACAGUCAUAGACAUCAGCGGGAAGACGGUCUUCAUCACCCGCUACAUUCGGCCACUCAACCCCCCUCAGGAGUUGCUGGAUGCAUUUCCCAACAGCCCCCAGGAGACCAUGGAACUGGUCGCUCGAUAUGUUUCGCUCAUCCCGUCUCUGCCUGACAGCGUUUCAUUUUCUGGUGUUUGUGACCUGUGGAGCACAUGUGAUCAAUUCCUUACCCUUCUGGCCGGCGACGAGGAGGAACAUGCUGUACUGUUGUGCAACUACUUCCUGUCUAUGGGCAAGAAAGCAUGGCUAAUAAUUGGCACUGCUAUCCCUGAGGGACCCACAGCCUAUGUUUUGACCUUUGAGCAGAGCCACUAUCUGAUCUGGAACCCCACCAAUGGCCAGUUUUAUGGCCAGAGUGACACCUUCUGCCCACUGCAAGCUGUUGGCUGCCUGGUCACUGCUGACAAUGUGUGGUUCAACAUUCAAAGGUAUUCUGCCCCAAUGAGAAUUAGUUUUGAUGUCACUAAAGCAAAUUUUUGGAAGCCCUUCUUCUCACGGUCCUUUGCCCACCCUGGGCUGUCCAGUGUACAGCCAGAGGAGCUGGUGUAUCGCCAUAUUGACAAAGCAGCUGCAGCAGAGCUUCAGGACAGAAUUGAAAAGAUCCUGAAGGAGAAGAUUAUGGAGUGGCGCCCUCGUCACCCAACCCGCUGGAACCGCUACUGCACCUCCACCCUGAGAAACUUCCUGCCCAAACUGGAGCUGAGUGUGGGGCGGGACGUGGCAGACGAGCACCGCCUGGAGUUACAGGCCUUGCUGGGAGACUACAGGAUUGCUGGGUUCCCCCUUCAUCUCCCAUUCUCUGAGAUUCGUCCCAUCAUUGAAGCAGUCUACAGCACAGGAGUUCACAAUGUGGAAGCUUCUAAUGUAGAGUUUGCUCUGGCUGUGUAUGUGCACCCUUACCCUAACAAUGUCCUGUCUGUAUGGGUGUACUUGGCUUCUCUCAUUCGCACAACAUAGCUAUUCAUAGCAGUGAUGUUUACAAGUGUACUGAUUUUGAAUGUAAGUCUCAGUAAUUUUGGCUGUUUUUAAGCAAUUAAAUUUUGAACAUUUGCCUACUGUACUUGUAAAUUUGUGUAUACACUAUAAGGAGGAGUAACCGUUGAAUAUAUACAUAGGGUUUUUGAAAUUUAUACUGCUUUGUCUACUUUGAGAGAACUGCUAUGUUGUAAGGCUGCAAUAAACAUUUCAACCCCUGGUUUGUA